AUGGAACUUGUUAAGCUUCAAGCAAAGACCUUUUGCAACAAACAAGACUUUCACUUAAUCAUCAAUUCUGAUGAUUUAGUUUGCCCCAUUUGCUUAGACUCUCCUCACAACGGCGUCCUCCUCCAAUGCUCUUCUUACCAAAACGGAUGCCGUGCGUUCCUCUGCAACACAGAUCACCUCCACUCCAACUGCUUAGACCGUUUCAUCACCGCCUCUGGAACAGACUCACCUCCUCAUUCUCCUGAUGAGACACUGUCUAAGGUUUUGGAAGAGAGUUGCAAACCAUUAUGUCCACUCUGUAGAGGAGAGGUUACUGGAUGGGUUGUUGUGGAGGAAGCUCGAGUUCUACUCGAUGAGAAACACCGUUCUUGUGAGGAAGAGCGUUGUAGGUUCACUGGUUCUUACACUGAGCUUCGUGAUCAUGUUAAGUCAGAGCAUCCAGACUCUCGUCCUUCGAAGAUUGAUCCUGCGAGGAAGCUUGACUGGGAGAAUUUCCAGCAGUCGUCUGAGAUUAUCGACGUGUUGAGUACGAUUCACUCUGAGGUUCCGAGAGGUGUGGUGUUAGGAGACUAUGUGAUUGAGUAUGGAGAUGAUGAUGGCACGGGGGAUGAUGAGUUUGAGGAUGGUGAUGGGAGUGAAGGGAACUGGUGGAGGUCUUGUAUUUUGUAUAAAAUGUUUGAUAAUAUAAGGAAUGCCAGGAGGAAUAGGAGAAGGUCGAGGAUGAUUAUGAGUGAGAGUGGGAGAGGGAGAGGGAGUCGCCGUUUUAGCUAUGAGAAUUCAAACUCUGAUGAUAGCUCUGUAGCGUCGAUAGAGUUCCCUGUGUAUAGAGUAGAUGAGGUUGAUGAUGAGUUCGUCACAACAAAUGGAGUUAACAGAAGUAGCGCUAUGCAUCAAAGACGUUUACUUGAUGAUGCCAUAGGUUCUCUCUGGUUUACAAUGCUAGAAGGCGUCGCUCUCGCUUUUAUGCAAACUAGGGUAUCAAUUGAAGUUGAAGAUGGGAAGCAGAUGAAGUAG